CCCCAGGGAGGAUCCUGCUCCCUGCCCCCACCCCAUUCUUUGCCUCCAGGUGUGGCUCAGCUGACAAUAAUUAAGCCCUGGUUGGGCCUUGGCCCUGUGCCCAGCACUGCCUGCACUUCCUCCUCCUAGGCUCCUGGCAGGGCCAGGACCACGGGUCUCCACCAUGGACCAGCACUGGGAAGAGGAGACAGGAUCCAAGUGGGCCGCUGGGACCUGGGGGCAUCAGCCCCCCUCAGCCCUCUUCCGCCAGCUGCCAAGCAAUGCCACCCUGCGCUUUCGUGGGAACAAGGCCUCGGGCUGGGGGGCUGUGCUGGGGGAGGGGGCACCCCAGGGGAUCCCCCAGGCCUGGGGGAGUGACGGCUCCAAGGAGGAAGUGGCAGCAGACAUGGAGACAAUCGCCCUGCAGGAGCUGCCCCUGUGCAUGGCAGAGAAACGGAGACACAGGCUGCAGGCACAGCAACAGGCUGGGCAGCACACACGCUGGCAGCAGUGGCAGGCAGGGCAGCAGCGCCUGCAGAGAAAGGUGGGCAGCAUCCUGCUCCACACCCAGCUCUGGAGGAGCUCCCUGACCUGCAUUCAAGGCCACUUCGGGACUGGUAUCGAGACCUACUUCAACUUCCUGCGCUUCCUGGUGCUGCUCAACCUGGUGGGUGCCCUCGUCAUUGGGGGCUUUGUUGUGGCCCCCAGCAUCACCUUUGAAGCACUCGGGCUGAACCAGACUGAGCAGGCUACCAACCUCACAGCAAACAGCCCCUGCAUGGGAUAUGACCCCAAUCACCAGGGCCUGGUCAGCUACUUCACCUACAUCAUGGACCUGCUCUCAGGCACAGGGUUCAUGGAACUCACGUACCUGUUCUAUGGUUACUACCGAAACUCUGCGGUGGAUUUCGUUGGCUUCUCCUACAACAUCCCCCUGGCCUACCUACUCACUGUGCUCUGCUACUUCCUGCUCUGCCUGGCCUGGAUUGUCCACAGAUCUGUGCAUCUCCUCAAGCGUGGCCUGGUGAGUGAGGACAGGGCCCUGAGCACCUACAGCAUCAAGGUCUUUGCUGGCUGGGACUUUGGUUUGACACAGCUACCUACUGCUAUCUGGAAGCACAACAGCAUCCGCUAUGAGCUGAAGCUGGACCUGGAAGAGGAGGCUUCUCGCCGUGCCAUGGCCCAGCGCAGCCCAGCCCAGCGUGCCUGGCUCUAUACCCUGCGCGGCCUCAUCAACCUACUGGUGGUUGCCCUGCUCGGAGUGGCUUUCUACUGCAUCUACCUGGCCACCGAGUACUCACAGACCAUACUCAGCCAGCAGAGUGUUGCUCAGUCCGAGAGCAAGGCUUUCUGGGAGCUGAUGGUCUCCUACCUGCCCUCCAUCGUCAUCACGGGAGCCAACUUGGUGGUGCCUAUGGCCUUUGGGGUUCUGGUGCGCCUGGAGCAAUACCCAUUCAGCCAAGAAAUCAAAUUAACCCUUGUCAGGAGCGUCUUCCUGCGCCUUGCCAGCCUUGUGGUCCUGCUUGUCUCCCUCUGGAUAAAGAUCACCUGCUGUGGGCAGACCGAGGCCCCUGACUGCCGCACCUGUGGCUACAACCACCAGGACUUCCGGUGCUGGGAGACUCGGGUGGGGCAGGAGAUGUACAAGCUUCUGGUGUUUGACCUGCUGACCAUGCUGCUGGUGACACUGCUGGUGGAAUUCCCCCGCAAGAUCCUGGUAAGCCACGGCCCUACAUUGCUUGCUCAGCUUUGGGGGCAACAGGAGUUCCUGGUGCCCGCCAACGUGCUGGACCUGGUGUACGGCCAGACUGUGUGCUGGGUUGGUGCUCCCUUCUGCCCGCUUCUGCCCCUGCUCAACACCCUCAAGUACAUCCUCCUCUUCUACCUCAAGAAGCUCACCCUUUUCUCCAACUGCCGUCCUGGCGACCGGACCUUCCGUGCCUCCAGCUCCAACUUCUUCUUCCUGCUGGUCCUGCUGCUGGGCCUGGCCAUCUCCUGGGUGCCGGCGCUAUACAGCAUCUUUGUCCUCCCGCCAUCCCAAGCCUGCGGCCCCUUCCGGGCUGAGCCAUCUAUGUGGAAUGCUGCCUUGUUGGCCAUUGACAAGCUGCCUGAGCUGGCCAGGGGCUUCUUCUACUUUGUGGGCUCACUGGGCUUCAUCGUGCCGCUCUUCCUGCUCCUGUGCAUCUUCCUGUUCUACCUGAUGGCUCUCGCUGACUCCUACAGUCGCCUGGUCAAGGAGCUCAAGAUGCAGCUUCAGCUGGAGGGCAGAGACAAAGUCUUCUUGGUGAACCAGAUCACAAACCUGACCUGAGCUGAGGAGGCACCAUUUGCUUCUCUGCUCCUCUCCACCCCCACCUCGCCGAUGGAAACUCUCCUCCAGUUGAUUUCAUGAUGAUUCUGCCCCUGCCCUGGAUCCACACUUGCCAAAGCGAUUGCACUUCCCCAUGCCAAACCCUGGCUCCAGUGGAUGGAAGCUGCAGUCACUGGGAUGGCACCAAAGUUUUUGAGGCUGUACGUAGAAAUCUCUCAGCUGACCCCAAGCUGCAGCCAUCUCUGGGGUGGGGCACGGAGACCUGCUAAGAAGCACACAGUGACACUGCUCAGUUUAGUCCUGGAACCCAAGGAAAAGGCUAUAAGUCAGUGGUGCUCAACCUAUGGCCUAUGAAGCUCCCCACAGGUUUGGGAAUUUGGCAACAGGGAAGUGGUGGCAGCAUUAAGGGCUGCAGCUCCAGCUGCCACCAUUCCCCCUGGUGCCAAAUAUCUAGAUCCAUGGGGACCCCCCUGGCACUGGAUGAUAUGGAUCGCACCCAUGGACUGCCCCUGUGCUGGAUCAGCCCCACAGACAGACCACGUGUGUGGGAUCCAACCCAUGAACUGGCCCUGUGCCACUCAUCCUACCCAUCACAGAAUCACCAAAAGCCAUAGAAAAGUCGGGUUGGACAAGACAGGCUGAGCUCCGCUGCUGUAAGUGCCUGGAAUGGCAGGGUGAAUAAACAGAAGGUGAAAUUCAACAGCUGGGAACCGGAAACAAUCAAACCUCCAUCUACACCCAGGUGAAGCCCAUUGGCCUCCAGAUGUUAUGGCUUUCCCCUGACAGGCCGUUAGCAGGGACUGUGGACCACAGUUCCAGGCCACAGCUCCGCUCUGCUCCUCCCCCACGGCUCUUUGCAGAAAAUGGUCCCCAGGAUUUUUUUUCCUUGGACUCUAUACCCUGCCUUUCCUUCCCCAGGGGCAGCAUUGCCUCAGCUUCACCAAUCACGGCAGCUUUCUCUCUCUC